UGUAGAGGCUGGUGUUAUGUUCGUUAAACCCAAUGGAGCCUUUUACUACCGUGACUGCUUUCGGGCUUGGUCUCACCUUACUAUCAGCAAUAUUCUUCCCCAAUCCAUUCCACGAGAAAUGUAACAAGGAGGGGAAUUUGAAUGUUGCAGCUAUGCAGUGGGACCUUGAAAGCAAACUAUUUGGGCAGCACCUGGCCAAGAUCACCACCCUAAAAGUGUUACCUGGUUUCCUCAAGAAUAAGCACCAUAAAAAGCCACUUGUGUUGUCCUUCCAUGGCUUGUCAGGCACCGGGAAGAACUACAUCAGUCAGAUCAUAGCCCAACAUAUUUAUCCUGAAGGACUGAAGAGCAAAUUUGUGCAUCAAUUUGUAGCUACACUGCAUUUUCCCCACGUUAAAUAUCUCGAUAUGUAUAAGGACCAGCUACAGAAUUGGAUCAAAGGAAACGUGUCGGCUUGUGAACGCUCAGUCUUCAUAUUUGACGAGGUGGAUAAAAUGCAAUCGGAACUCAUUGAUGCCAUUAAACCAUAUUUGGACUUCCAUGAACAUAUAGACCGUGUAGAUUAUCGCAAAGCUAUUUUCAUCUUCCUGAGUAACACAGGAGGAGAAGUCCUUUUGGGACUGGCUUUGGACUUCUGGAAAGCGGGGAAGCAGAGAGAAGAUAUUAAAAUGUCUGAUGUGGAACAUCGUCUCUCUCUUGUUGCAUUUAAUGAGAAAGAUGGAGGAUUUUGGCACAGCAGCCUGAUUUCCCACCACCUCAUUGAUUUUUUUGUCCCUUUUCUACCAUUGGAGCUCCAGCAUGUGAAGAUGUGUAUCAGAAGAGCACUCUUGGACCGUGGUUACAUUAUUGAGGAAGACACUGUCUCCAAGGUUGCCAAUGACAUGACUUAUUACCCUAAGGAUGAAAAGGUUUUCUCUGUGAAGGGCUGCAAAGUGAUCUGCGCUAAACUGGAAUAUUACCUGGGAUGAAUAGCAGUCUAUACACUGGCUGGCUAUGGAUUUUAACUCUUUUAUAAAAUGAUGAAGGGAUGUUGGCUUUGUGUGCCAAUAUGUAUGUAAGACUGUGUCAAGUGCCACAUGUCCUUGUGACAUUGAAGGCUUAUCACAAACUAAAAAGAUAAUGAACUUUUUUUUGUCCCAUACGACUUUUGUUAAUUAUGCAAAGACCUUGUGAUAAAUCGUAUAUUUGUAAUGGUCUGUCCCAAGUGGCCUCCAGUUCCUCUAAUGCUUAAAUUAAUUUUUAGAAAUCGCCUUUUAAGAAUGAGCACGUGAUGUGCGUACUUUACAUUUUUUUUCCCCCAGAAGAAUAGUAGGCUGGUAUUAUUCAUUAUGUCCUGAGAUUUAGCAGCAAAGUAAGGUAGCUCUGUCACCCCACCCUUUUUUAUCCUUAACUUUUAUAUGAUAGGCAAAUUGUACAGUAUUAUCCUGUACAAAAUCAAUGAAUCAUUCACAGGUUUUGUGUGGAAUUGAGGAAAAAUACCUGCUUCAUCUUCAUUUUGAAUUUGUGUGCAGAACGUGUGGGGGUGAGAAGUUUAUUUUGGGCGAACAAUAACCGAAGUAAAGUUGCAACUGUGUAUCAGUGACAGUGAGGGACGGAAGAAGCGAUUGACCAAGGACAUGUGGAAAAGUCAUUUGAAUCAGAAGAUGGCAGACAGAGAGAGGAAGAAAAGAUCAUGGAUGGUGCAGUGGGAUAGGGAGGCAGAUAAUAAUGCCACAACUUUGCCGCUGGGCACAGUCAGGUCAGACAAUGACAAUAGACGGGAAAUGGAUAUUUAUGCGCAGCUUGAGUUUAUGAAGUUGGCAGCCCUGGUACGAUGCAACUCUGAGAAUAAGCGACCAGAUUCUAAUGACGAUCCUAGCAGGACAUUGUGAGUGACUUCCUAAUCUUGUGUUUUCUGUAUAAUAUGAUUUGUCAAAACUGCACCCCAAGGUGUAACAGGCCAAUCCAAAUUGUGCGUGGCUCACUUUUUCUAAAUGCCGUGUUUGCACCUAAAGACGCUCUUAUCAGGUGCUUCUUUGUGCCAAACAUAUUUUUAGGUCCAAACAGACGGAAUACAUUGAUAUUAAGGUGUAAAUAUUAUGUGAAAUGUGUAAAUUAUAAUAUGAAUAACAUGUUUUACUUGUUUUGGUAACAUAACCAACAUUCACAGCAUUGCUGUAUUAUGUGGGGAACAAAACUUACAAAAAAAAUACAAUUAUUGAUGCCUAAAACAAUGCGCACACAGGGAUACAAUCUAAAGGGGGACGCACAGCUUAAACCAUGGAAGGUUUAUUCACCACUCUAACUUGACUCUUUUUUGGUCUAAUGUUGUUGGCUCAUGUAGCUGUUUACAUUUCAAUGUGAAGCGUAAUUUAGGAUUGAGCCCCCCAGUCAUUAUUAUGUGUACAUCUUGCUGGUUAUGCUCUAAGGCAAAGUGUAUAUUUUGCUGGCAAUUUCCAUUGCACAAUGUAUAGAUUAAAUAUAUAUCUCAGAUAACCCCAGAUUAUGUGAUCAUCAGUUGCAUACAAAUAGGCAGGUUUGAGGCAAAUCUUCCCAGGUGACAGGAAAGAAAAUAUGAGCUUUGUAGUGUGGAGAGCAGGUCUGUGGUAGAGGGUCUUCAUGUUCCUAUGUCUAGUCUGGCAGGGCCACUCCAGU